AUGAGCAUCGAAAAUUACACCAAAUACUGCGGCGAAUUUGGCUCAGCGUCGUCUAGAUGCGCCUUUGUUCGACUGCGGGAUUGCAGAGGACGUGAACUCUGGGCCGUAAAUGCUCACGUAUCUACGGAAAGCGAUGAGGACAACACAGGUGGUCAUUGUCGGGAUCGAUGCAAAUGCGAAGAUGGCACGCGAACAGCAAAAGAAGAAGGAAAAGGGUACUAUCCAGUGGAGCGCACGUCGGACAACAGUGACCGUCUGGUCGACUUACGUGAACUGACGGGCCUCAUCAUCGCUUCCACGUUCAAGAUGAGUCAUCGACGCCAUCAGCUCACGUGGCAGAGGUCAACCCUUUCAACCCCUGAAAAGCAGCGCAAGCGGAAGAUGAGGAUUCUAAAACUUUAG